CACGGGCUGUUGCCAAAAGCCUAAUAGGCCCACUGCCUUUGAACCCUAAACCUCAAUUUGAACUCUGAAACCUUGACAAUCAAUCGUCUCUCUCUCUCGCUCCCUCCUUCUACAUCGAGAUGAUGAUGAAGUUCCUCCGUGCACGGACUGCUCCCAAUCCACGGAGUGAUAAUAACGGUAUAGGUUGGGGUUUUAAAUCUGUUAUUUUGUACAGUACCCAAAUCCUAACUUCUCGAAAUUCGAAGGACAGUCUGUUCAAUCGGAUUUCAGUCGCAGGAGACCCUAGGGUCUCGAUGCUUCCCAUUUUGGAUCAGUGGGUGGAACGAGGUAGAAAUGUCGAUUUAUAUGAAAUCAAAACUCUCAUAAAGCACCUCAGAGAAUACAACCGCUUCAACCACGCUCUCCAGUUGUCUGAGUGGAUGGCUCAUAGAUGGAACCUUGCCCUAUCUCCUGGAGACAUUGCAGUUCAGUUGGAUUUGGUCUCGAAGGUCCAUGGCCUAGAACAGGCGGAGAAGUAUUUUAGUAACAUCCCAGGCCCUUUGAAAACCUUUAAGGUUUAUGGUGCUCUAUUGAAUUGCUAUGCAAGCAACAAAUCAUUAGACAAAGCAGAGUCCAUCAUGCAAAAGAUGAGGGAGUUUGGGGUUCUGAGAAAAUCACUUUCUUAUAAUGUUAUGCUGAACCUCUAUUCAAAAAUGGGAAAGCAAGAAAAUUUCAAUGCCCUAAUCCAAGAGAUGGAAGAGAAGGGCAUCAGUUGUUAUCCAUCCACAUUAUACGUCCGGCUGAAUGCAUAUGCAGCUGUGCCAGACAUAAAUGGAAUGGAGAAGCUUCUUUCACUGAUGGAAGCUAACCAUUUAUUCACCGUUGAUUGGCAUGCAUAUAUUAUAGCAGCAAAUGGGUACAUGAAAGCUGGCGUUACAGAAAAAAGUUUGACAAUGCUAAAGAAAUCAGAGCAACAUAUAAAUGGUUGGACAGGUUUUGCUUAUGAAAUGCUCCUAACUCUAUAUGCUAGCCUUGGUGAUAAAGAUGAGGUGUACCGUAUAUGGGGUUUGUACAAGAAAUUGGGGAAAUUAUACAACAGGGGCUACUUUCGCAUGAUAAGCUCAUUAAUCAAGCUUGAUGACCUCGAUGGAGCAGAGAAUGUAUUAGUGGAGUGGGAAUCCGUGAACACGUCUUUUGAUUUUGAUAUUCCAAAUUUGCUUAUAAAUGCUUAUUCCAGGAAGGGGCAUUUGGAGAAGGCUGAAGCAUGCAUAAGCAGGGCUGUAGAGAGAGGACAGCGCCCUACGGCUGGCACAUGGGAUCGUCUUGCCACGGGAUACUACAAGGAUAACCAGAUGGCAAAGGCAGUGGAGACAAUGAAGAAGGCUAUCACGGCUGAGCAACGCGGAUGGAAACUUAACCGUGUCACUUUGACAGCAUGUGUAAAAUAUUUGACAGAGAAUGGAGAAACAGAGGCAGCAGACGAAUUCUGCAGGUUGCUUCCAGAAAGUGGCCAUCUUUUGCGGAGAUCUAAAAACAAAGUGAAUAGUGUUAAACACAAAACUUGUGCAGACAUAGUCAACAAGAUUGAUGGGGAUGAUCUGCAAGCGGAGGAGAAUGCACAUGGGGUAACAGAGUUGAAGUACCAGAGCAGCGCUUAAUUUCAUCGAAGGCCGUGAGGAGUCAUUAUUGACUGAUUAUACUAGUUAUUGAAGUUAGAACUCCUUGGAGCCGAACCGUUUGAGAACCUAGUUUUGCAGCUAAAUGUUUUCUAUGGUGGUUAGUGACAAAUAUGCAGGUGGUGCUCGUACCUGUGAAGACUGUUGGUCGUUUCAAUGAAUUAGCCGUGGGAUAUUGGGGAGGGGGAGCGGCUUUGAACGACAAAAUCCCAGCUUUUUUCCUUAACAGUGAUCAGUCUUGACAGAAAUUAUGAGCUAAUGAAUUGUUUCAUCUCAGCUCUACAAUGCAGAUAUUACUGGAGGUAAGAUGGUUGGAAAAAGAAGGGAAAGUAGAUUCUGGCUAAUUUAUGCCAUCCUAGGGGCUCUUGUGGAACCACAUUGAAUUGUAAAUAUACCUGUAAAAAUUUUGGUAGUGUGACAUUUGUGAAUGUAAUUGAGUUGAGUUUAUUGAUACGGCUCGUUAAUCACAAUUGGAUUGGACUCAGACCCUCGGUGGGACUGUUUUGUAAUACAAUUAAUCUUCCUUUAACAAAUUCAAGAUCCAAAAGUUAAAUCUUC